CAUAUAUAACCCUGAGCGAACCGAUGUCUGUCUCACUCUUAUCGAUGGAAAGAGAAAUUACUUUUACUCUCGAAAAAGUAUCUAAAGCCGGUUCCGUGGACACUAAUUAUCAAAAAUGGAAACAGAACGAUUUGCAAACAUUUCAAUUACCGAUAUGUCGGAUGAAUCUCAGAGAGAUUUGAAUGAUCUGAAGCAGCGGUUAAUGAAGAAUGAAGUUGGUCAAACUAAGCAAAAGAACAAGUACCUCGAUAUCGAUAGCGAAUCGGAAGACAGUGCUCUUAGUUUACAGGAGUCUUCAGCAUCUACUGAUGAUUCAGAGACUGAAUGCGCCCUGGAAUCAACCCAAAUUCAGCUUCAACAACGUGGUAACAAGACUUGCAUAGUGAAUCGACGAAAAGUCAACACCAAAGCCAAGUUCCAAACCAUACCAAACGGCCAUGAUAAAUUUCUGACGGAUACCUUCCAACUGAUCAUGAAGGAGAUUGUCCAGAAGGCUGGUGACCGAAGUGAAAAAGUCGUUGAUUGGAAAGCACCAGAGGAAUUGAGAGCUCUGAUGGACCUUGAACCCAAAGCUGUGGGAGAAAGCCACGAAAAACUACUGUCUCGACUUCAAGAUAUCAUUAAAUAUAGCGUGAAGACUGGACAUCCCCAUUUUGUUAAUCAGUUAUUUUCAAGUCUGGAUCCUUAUGGUUUGGCUGGCCAGAUCGUAACAGACGCAUUGAAUACUAGUCAAUACACUUAUGAAACAGCUCCUGUGUUCACUUUAAUGGAAGAAACCGUCCUAAAGACAAUGAGAGAUUAUAUCGGUUACACAGAAGGUAAUGGCAUUUUCUGUCCCGGUGGCUCGAUCUCAAAUAUCAUGGCGAUGAACUGUGCCAGAUUUAAAAUGUUCCCACAGACAAAGAAAUACGGCAUGUUUGGACUACCUCCACUAGUGGUAUAUACUUCAGAGUUGGCUCAUUAUUCCAUAAAGAAGGCAGGCUACUUACUAGGGUUUGGUGACGACAAUGUGCGAUUAGUUAAGACUGAUUCGGAAGGAAGAAUCAUCCCUGAAGAUCUGGAAAAACAGAUUCAAGAGACAAAAGACGAGGGUUUAACCCCAUUUAUGGUUGUUGCAACUGCCGGUACAACUGUCUUUGGAGCUUUUGAUCCAAUUGAAAAGAUGGCUGAAAUUAGCGAGAAACAUGGUUUGUGGUACCAUGUUGAUGGUGCAUGGGGUGGUGGAGUAUUGAUGUCUCGACAACACAGAUAUCUCAUGAAAGGUGUUGAGCGUGCCGAUUCAGUAACAUGGAAUCCCCAUAAGCUGUUAGGAGUUCCUCAGCAGUGUUCAUGUUUCUUGACCCGUCACGUCAAGGUUCUCCAGGAGUGCCACCGAGCUGAUGCCAAAUAUCUCUUCCAGAAAGACAAAUUUUAUGAUACUAGCUAUGAUACCGGUGACAAGACCUUCCAAUGUGGUCGCAAGGUUGAUGUUCUCAAGUACUGGCUCAUGUGGAAAGCAAAGGGAAGUGAAGGAUUUGAGCAACAUAUAAACCGCCUCUUUGACAAUACCAAAUACAUGGUAGAACAAUUGAACAAACGUGAUGAUUUCCGUAUGGUUGUAGAGAAACCCGACUGCACCAACGUCUGUUUUUGGUACAUUCCUCCAUCCUUAAGAAACAUGCCUGAGGGUCCAGAAUUCUGGGAUAAACUACACAAAGUUGCACCUAAAGUGAAAGAAGGAAUGAUUCGUGAUGGAACCAUGAUGAUUACAUAUCAACCCCAGAAAGAUCUUAGUAACUUCUUCCGUCUUGUUCUUCAAAACUCGGCAACAACAUAUGAGGAUAUGGACUUCUUUAUCAACGAGAUUGAACGAUUGGGCAAGGAUCUUUAAAUCUUGACUGUAUUAAAGAACUCUUGUAAAUACCGUUAGAUCUAAGAUCUGAACAUUUUAAAGCUGCUGAAGGCGGUUAACGUGACUCCCCGUAUGUUAAUGCAAGUUUGAUCUUGUCUCGCUAAAAUCGUCAAAAUAUUAACAAUUCUUUUUUUAUUUGGUUUUUUUGACAGUACUAGAUAAUUCUGGGGUUUUCCCCAUAUGUUAAUUCAAGUUUGAUCUCGUCUCGCUAAAAUCGUCAAAAUAUUAACAAUUCUUUUUUUUAUUUGGGGGUUUUGACAGAACUAGAUAAUUCUGGGGUUUUUUUUCUGUCUCUCUAUAAUGGUGAUAUAUGCAAGAGUUUAUUAUUUAGUACUUAAGUUAUUCUGGUCAACGCUUUAUACGAGAUCAAACAUCCUUGAAUUCCAAAUGAAUUGGAGUAGUAAAUAGGGCAUCUGUACUUCAAUUCAUAGUACAUUCGAAAUGUGUUAUGUAGGACUAUAAUAAUUGUGAUUUAUGCAUCUUAUAUGGAAGUUUUCGGGUGUUAAAUAAACCAAAGAUACAUACAACGGGUAUGGUACUAUUUUAACUAAAGCUUUCAACGAAAACAAGAGACAAUUUAUAUACUUAUGAAUAAUGGCAAUAUUGUAUAUUAUAGUGUACAUUUAAUAGCAUAAAUCGAAUUUCAUAUAAUAUCAUUAAUUGUAUAUAAUAUCAUUCAUAAUCCAUGUACAGACUAACAAAAAAAGGCUGGUGUCCUUUUCUCAUAUUUAUUUGUUUGAUAUCUUUGUUGAAAUAAUAAACUUGUUUUUAAUGAA